GCUCCGGACCCGCCGCCGCCGCUCCUGCCCGGCCCGGGCGUCCAGGACUGCUGAGUCUCCCUGUGGCCAUGUGGUGCUGCCUGACCCCACCAUCCGGCCCGGGGCCAGCGUGACUGCGACAUCCUGCCUGUCCUUUUCCGGGUCCAACGCCUCUGUCACUGAACAGUUUGAUGGAGAAUCGGUCGGAUGACAGCGGGAACUGUUGUUAUCACCGGGGGAAUCCUAGCAACAGUGAUCCUACUGUGCAUCAUUGCUGUGCUCUGCUACUGUAGGCUACAGUACUACUGCUGCAAGAAAAAUGACUCCGAUGAGGAAGAGGAGGAGGAAGAGGAGGAGGAGGAGGAAGAGCCCAACCUGCCCACGCACUCGCACCUCAUCAUGUGCAACGCCUGCAGCUCCCGCAUGGUGGACGGGCACGGCAGCCCCGCGCCGCCGCCCGGCGAGCUCAACCAGCACGGGGCUCACACCUACUGCCCGACGUGCUCCCCCUACGGCUCCCCCUUUUACAUCCGGACUGCCGACAUGGUGCGCAACGGGGGUGAGAGGGUCGCCUACACCCCCGCGUGCUACAAGGAGAUGGGGCCGCCCCUCAACAUGGCCUCGCUGCAAAGCUACACGGUGAGCCGCCACGGCCUCCUCCGCGACAGCUUCCCGAACCCGCGGGCCAUCAGCACGGAGGUGUAGUCACCAUUGCCACUAGCACAGUGCGUCCCCAGCUGGUACCUGCUCCAGGGAAGGGGCUUUUCACUUGUUUUUGAGGAGAGGAGCCCGUAGCCCAGCCCGAGGCCAGCGCGGCCCUGCUGAGGCGCCCGGCAUGGCCAAGCCUCGCGGGCCGGAAGGCAAGGGAGACCUCAAAGGGCAACGCUGAACCGGCCACCUCCGAACCCGUCAUAAGUGUCAUUAUUAUCUACUCUCUCUCCCAAAGGGACUUGUCUAACGAGGGCUAUGUACAGUACAACCUAAUUUAAUUACCCCCGGCUCCCUGAGCCCAGUGAGGCCUUUGGUGUCACCACACAGCCGGCCGAGGUGGUGCCCGCUGCCUCCGGCACACAGAGCAAUGGGCUGAUCAUCCAGGGCCAGCUGCCAUCCCCGGUGAAUCCCAGUGCCCAGCAGGGCAUGGCAGCGCUCCUCAGCCAUGGGGAAGUGAAGAAGGGAAGAUCCAGGUCAUCCUUGCUCCCCUCGUACUGCGCCAGCUGCUGCUAGCAGUUAGCUUUUCUGUUCAAGUGUAAGAUAGGGCACCGCCUCCCACCUGCUUCGGUCUUUGCACGUGCUGAAGAAGUUCAGGACAUGGAUUUAGGUCACUGCCGGGGGAGGAAAGUUCCUCGCAAAAGAGCUCACCCACGCCAACAGGCACCGGCCAGUCCUUCUGCGGCCAAAGCCCCCACCUCUUCUACUCUUCACAAGCUUUCUUAGGAACAAUUUUAACUUGGACCCAUGAAUAUGGCAAGAUUUUACUUAUGGGAAGAAUUGAAUUCCUAAAUAACCAGUUUUGGUCACCUUCAGCUUUCAAAGCCCCACCCUGACAGCUCCGACAGCCAGAGGAAGGUUGGCUUUAGGAUGGAUUUUGAUUUUGAUAGCAACAGCAGAGCCUACUGGCUCAUGUCUUCUUUGCAGGGUGCUCCCACUGGAGAGUGAUGUUCAGGUGUUUGGGGUCCCCCUGCUUUUGCUUCUGGAAGAGGAGGGUGCAAGACCCAAAUGUGUCUUGGACAUGUUGUGAACAUGGGUUCACAGGCGCUGCAGCCCACAAUGACAGCCAGUGACUCUGCCUUUCUGCAAAAAUGAAUGUGGGAAAGUUUCUUCUUCCUCCAUAAAUCAAAUUAGGUGAAAAAUUACUAAAGGGACAGCUCCAUCAUUCCCAGGCACUUCCAUAGCAACCAGUGCAGGACUGCUCUGCUGAACACUUUCCAUUCACGGCAGGGAGGAGGGAUGGGGACAGCAGUGAUCCCUGCGGAUGCUGUUGGAGGCAAUGGAGGAAACCCUUGCCAUGCCUUUGCAAUAUAGGGUAGGACUGCUCAGAAACGUGAGUGGUGGGAUUUUAUUUUCACCACUUCAUUUUAGAAAUCACCCCACUGCUCACAGAAGGAUUUGGACUUGACCUUGCCGCUCACACACAGAAAAAGUAGGUCUCAGCACAGAGGCACACAGUGCACCAGCCUCAAAUGUCCACUUUACCAGGCAAAAGGCUGAUGUACACAUUGGGCCUGCCCAUGCCUUGGCACUUCUCUGAAGAAAGGAGCCAAAACAUCACAAAACGUGGUGAUGGUCCUUGUAACCAAACACAUUGCCCCAGCCUGCAUUUUACACACACUUCUGAGCAAAUGUUAUGCACCAUCUCCCCCACCUCCAGCCCAAAAAGACAUUGCAUUUCCAUUAUCUGGAGACUUGGACAGGCUGCAUUGCUUUGAGAGUCUCUUUCCAUUCUCCAAAUAGUGAUAGCAGGUUUUAAUGUCCUCUCACAUUAAGGGCAGGCAGCAGUUACCAGCAGCAAAGCUCUCUGGAUCCCACUGGUCAACAGUCCGUGGCUCCUACUGCCUCCCAUCUAGCCAGUGCUCCUGAAAACACAGUCUGUAACUGGAAGAAAAUCUUGGCUAACUUGAUAAAUCCCAUUCCUUCCCACUAGAGCAUCUGCUCAGCUAGGUCUCCUCGUACUGGGAGCCAGGAGAAGUUAAUGUGUCCCAGCGUGGUCCCUGCCAGACAGCCCCGUGAUGCCAUCCCCGU